GAGAGAGAGAGAGAGAGAGAGAGAGAGAGAGAGAGAGAGAGAGAGAGAGAGAGAGAAUGCAUUUAAUGUGGACCGUCGUCGCGAGCAAAAAAAAGUGAGAGACACAAAACCGCUGCAUCUCGGAGCCACUUAGUCAUUCGGAGAACAUCCAGCUGUCGUUACUACUUGAGGGAACACAUUUUUACAACUGCUGCGCGGUGUGGAUUACUUCUGUUUUACUUUACCUGUGUAAAAUGUGUUACACAAAUCUUCGGAUUAGUGUAGGAGUUAUACUGGUUUUAACAUUGUCGUUUUGCGGAUUAUCAUGGACCUACAGAGAACAAUUUAACGACACUGCCGACAGAGAGGUCUGUUCAGAAAAUAACGUUGCCACAACUAAGUAUCCCUGCUUAAAACCCACUGGGGAACUGACAACGUGCUUUAGGAAAAAAUGCUGUGAAGGUUUUAAAUUUGUGCUAGGACAGUGCAUCCCUGAAGAUUAUGAUGUGUGUGCUGGAGUCCCUUGCGAGCAGCAGUGCACUGAUCAUUUUGGCAGAGUGCUUUGUACCUGCUAUGCUGGGUAUCGAUAUGACCGUGAUCGGCACAGGAACAGAGAAAGUCCUUACUGCCUCGAUAUUGAUGAAUGUGCCACUAAAAAUGAGACUAUUUGCUCUCAGGUCUGUAUAAACAUUCCUGGCAGUUAUAGAUGUGAAUGCGAGAAGGGUUACUUCUUAGAAGAUGAUGGGAAAACCUGUAGCAAAGGAGAAAGGGCCAGUCACUUUGAAAAGUCGGACAACGUAAUGAAAGCAGGAACAUGCUCAGCUACAUGUGAGGAGUUUCAGCAGAUAAGACAGACGGUCCUGCAGCUCAAGCAAAAGAUUGCCUUAUUGCCCAACAAUGCUGAUGUUAGCAAACAGAUAACAAGUGAAAAAAUGCUCACGUCAAAUUCGUAUUUGCCUGGUCCUCCUGGACAACCUGGGCUCCCAGGCCCGCCAGGCGCCCCUGGACCUAAAGGGUCUCUUGGACACCAGGGACCACCUGGCCCCCCUGGCCCAACUGGACCCAGAGGAAUGAUGGGACCUAUGGGGCCAUCACCCGAUAUGUCCCACAUCAAGCAGGGAAGACGCGGCCCUGUGGGUCCACCUGGAGCUCCUGGAAAAGGUGGCACCAAGGGAGAAAGAGGGGCUCCCGGAUCGACAGGACCUCCAGGCCCACCAGGCUCCUUUGACUUCUUGCUGCUGAUGAUGGCAGACAUUAGAAAUGACAUUGCAGAGCUCCAGGAGAAAGUGUUUGGACACAGAACCCAUUCUUCAGGGGAGGAGUUCCCCCUUCCUCCUCAAGGCAUGAGAGACCCUCAGGAUAUAAUAGACUUGGGAUCGGGAGAAGACUACAGACACAGGGCUACGUCAAAGAAUAUCAGAAGAAGGAAAUCAACCCCACACUGAUCCUUAUUUAAGUAAAAAAAAAAAAAAAAAAACAUUAAAUAUUUCCUAAGCUGUAUAUAAGAAGUUUUCUACUGUUGUACAAAUUGAAAGUGACUUUGCCGCAGUGACAUUGAUAUUACUUUGGACAAAUCUUUAUUUUUUUAAACAUAUUUUUUCAGUCUGGUGUCAAAUGAUUUGGUGCAUACGUGAUUAAUCACACAUAUGUAUUUGCAGUUACGCAUAUGCAAAAUUACAAAGCAUGUUUGACACACUUCCUUUCGAGAGCUUAAAAAAUAGAUCUUCCCAGAUGAAGCUUGCAACAUAAGAGGCAUGAUUAAAAACUACUGGAAAUUAAUAAUGCAUACAGUAAUGAAUGUCAUAAUAUGCACAUUAUUUGUAUAGCUGUUAGUUUAUUAUUAGAUAUAUCUAUUAAUCCAAAUGUUUACAUAAAUUGUUGUUGCAAAUGAAGGGGGAUACUCAUACAACACUGAGGGGUGAUGUACUAAAGUGUUGUGUCUGUCGCAAUAGUCACAAACCAGUUGCAAACAAGUCGGAAGUCUCGGGUGAAAUGUACUAAACAUGCGCAAUGCUGAUAGCGACUUUUUUAGGAAAUGCUUUGCGGUAGCAGUUUUUCUUUGCGGUUCAACCUUAGAUGAAUAUGUAAUUAUAGGCAUUCCUGCAUAUAUUAGCAAAAAGGGGGCAGAGAUCGUGCAAAUGAUGGUUCUCAAAUAUUACAAUAAGAUGUACUAAAGCUGCUGGCAAUUGCAACACUUACAAUUGCAUCAAUUUGUUAAGAAUUUUUGAAAGCAUGUUUUAAACAGUCGCAAUUGUUGCUGGCAUUUCCCAGUCUGCUUUUUCUCGUGUGUUGCCAGUUGUGCUCAAUGCAUUUUUGAGGCGAACACCCAAAUACUUAUUUUUCCCUAAAGGCAGGGUGUACUUACAAGCCUUGAAAACACAUUUCUAUGACAUUUAUGGUUUCCCCAAUGGGUUGGGGGCACACAUGUGCCACUAAAAACUCCAGCUCAUUCUAAAGGAAUAGGGAACACACCUGUUCUAUUAAUGUGCAGGUGGUUUGUAAUUGUGCACAAUUUAGCACUGCAGCACUGACUAACUUAAAUAAAAACUGACGGUGUACAAUUGGCUUAUAGGCUACUCAUCAUAAUAUGAAUUGGUGGUAUACAGUCAGCACUCAUGUAGACGUUUCCCAUAUACAUGUCAGUCGUGUUUUACCGCCCAUGUAUUAAGAAUAAAAUCAAUCCCAAUUAUAUAUAUGUAACAAAUUAAUGCACUUACCCAUCUCACGCGAUUACCGACUCUGUCACCAGUUGUCUGAUACAAAGCUCUUCAAUGUUACAAUGUACUUGUUUAUCCGUCACAGCCUGCGUUUGUUUUUUUUUUUGUUUGUUUUUUUCUUGUAUACCAAGUCUGUCUUUAUUGUGCAGUUACACAGCGCUUCCUCCAAUUUCACAUGAUGAAAAUGCAGCAAAAACAAAGCGAACGAGACAAGCUACGGUAAUGUAAAAGUUAAUCAUUAAACAGUUUUAGAUACUGUGAUUUUUUUAAUUUAUUUUUUAAUCUGUGAUCUUUAGUUGCUUUUGUGCUUUUUCAUUUGCAAGUGAACUGCGACAUUAGGGCCUUAUCGAGUAUUAUAUUCUGCAAUCUUCAAUACUGACUUUGGAUACUGUUUUAAUUCUGGAAAUUGGUUGUUUUUUUUCAGCGUAUGCUAAAUUGCAUUGCCUUUUACGUUUUACGCAGUUCUGUGCAUGGGUAACAUUUUGAUUUUAUUUUGCUAUUAGGUCAUUAAUGGAGAAUUUUACAUACUGCUACAAUACAUACCUGAUUUAAAAGUAUGUACUGUACUACAGUCCACUUGUCCACAGUCGUCUCUUUUGACAAGUGAUAUUUUCAGAAUCAUAUCGUUCUGAAUUAAAAUACUACUUCUGUUAUAAAUAUAGUACUGUACCAACAAAGCAAACUACAAUACAUCUAAAUGGAAGCCUGCUUAUUUUAAAACACAAUCCUUUCAGCUAUGUAUUUUUGACAUUGUAUCUUUUUUGUGUUCCCUGAAAACAUGGACAAAGGUUGGAAUGGGCCAAAAUGAAAUAAUCAGAUAUGCAUCACACUCGUUUAACCGUCACUGAAGUAAAAAUUUUAUAGGGUCGUAUAUGUGAGUGCUGAUUGUAAUGCAAAAUUUGUUGCUGGUCCCUUGAAAUCAUAUUAACAAGAAUUGACUGUCCUUCUGUAAGUGUCAUAACUUGUCAAUGCAGCACCAUGAUCUGGUUUGUGUUAAUUGACUAGGCUACUAAGUAGGUAAAGUUAAUAAUAAUUAUAAUUUAAAAAAACACUAAAAUCAUUUAGUUUCAAUUUAAAAUUAUGUGUACAAUGCAGCAGCAUGAUUUAUUUUGUGUUACCAGUAGCCUACAGGCUAAAGUAAAAAGAAAGUGCGCUAGUUAUUUAUUUAAUUUUACUACUGUACUGUAUAGGCGUACUGUACAGAUUUAUAUGUUUUUAAUAAUGUUAUGUGUAGCAUACCCAAAAUACAUAAGUGUUAUUUCAGCGCAAUGAUUUAUACAUUUAAAAUACACUGAGCACUAUAAAUGUAUGUGUCUACGAUUUUAUUGUGUUUUUUUAAACCCGACACCUCCUUGUGUCGGACAAACAUACCCGGUUUAACUAGGGGCUGCUGUAUGAUUAUGAAAAGCUUUUUGAUAGAAACACAUUUUUUAUUUGGGGUUGAAGGUGGGGGCCCCACUAUAGAAUCUGAUGGGAUUAAACUGCCUUUUAUUAUUUAUUCAAAAAAAGUUAGCACGACUCUCGCAAUGCUAGAGAUCUCACUAAGAGGACACAACACAUACUUAAAUUACUAUAUUGCAGCUCUGUUCAUUAACAUAUUUUCUCUCAGUACAUACGACAAAAUGUAUACUUGCCGAAUUGUUGCAACAGAAAUGCAAAUUGCGGUAUGUUUGCGCUGCGACUGGCCCAUCUUAGUACAUCUACCCCUAAGUGUACAGAUAUUUGGGAUGCUUGGUAACAAAAGGGCUAAGCCCUUACUUCUCUUCUUUUUUUCUCUCAGCACUGUUUUCCUUUCAGGUGGUUGGAAUGAAUAGUGUUGGAUUUCAGUCCUUUUUAAUAGACAUUUAAUCAGGGUUCAUAUGAGCUAUAGGGCUGAGGCUAGCCCUCGGUGGCGGACAUAGGGUGACAGAAAUGGUAGGCAAUUGUAUUGAUGAAGUAGGCAAAUAAUAACAGGGUCUAGGGGGGCGCUCAGUGCAUUCAAUAAACAGUAUUAAAGAAAUACUACGUGGCAUUUAGCCAUAUUUAUUCAUGUUAUUACUUUUAAAACUGUCUCAAAAGAGCAAAGCCAAAAAUAUAAACACUUACCUAUAAAUACUUACCUAUUGAUAGUCUGAGAAUCAGUGGCGUGCCGUCAGGACCUUCAAAUAUUCUCUGCUGACCAGACAGUGCCAAGUAAACCGUCAGUCAAAUGACAUUACGUUGCCUCACUCACUUGUGUACAGUGUGCUUGCUUAUACUAUGAAACAUACUACUCUAUAUUAUUUGUUCAUUUGUCUGACACCUUUAUCCAAGAUGACUUACAGGGUUUACUAGAGGAGUAUAGGGGUUUCCUGAAGGGGAUGUGAUCAGCCAUUAAGAGAUCUGCAUUUCUCCCGCAUAAGUCUAAAACAACGACCAGACGCUAGAAAAAAAAACAGUUGAGGGUAUUCUCCGUUUCAGUUGAAGGUCUUGAGUGAGUUUAACCAAUAGGUGAGUCGAAGAAUGUCCUUUUUUUUCUAUUUUUUAGACAGGCGACCAAUCAGGAGUGAGCAGAGGCGGGUAAUAAAUCUCCCAGGGUAUUCUCUGCCUCACUUGAAGGCCCUGCUUUAGCAACCAGUGGGAAAGUCAAAGCUCUGACAGCUGACCAAUCAUUAGUGAGCAACCCCAAAACAUGAAUAUUUCUUGGUUAGCACUGCAGUGAGGAGGAUAGGUGGAUUUCGCACGAUAUUGCUUAUAAAUAUACAUUGAUAAAUACAAAUACCUUUACAACUUAUUAUUUCAAAUUUUAUUUUACACUAAAAUAAAAAAAAAUGUGAGAAAACAAAGACAUCAUAGUCGAUUUGGUUAAGAAUCCUUUUUCAAGGAGAACUUUCUCUGAAAAAUUGGAGAUUGUUAAAAAAGGGAGAUGUACACCCCAUAUCCCCGAGCUGACAUAGGAAGAGAAAGGAUAUACUCGGCACUUUCAGAAUUCAAAUUAUGAAAGGUAUCUGUGGCUUACAGGUACCUGCCACUUAAAAAAAGGAGGGGGGUGGGUGGGGGGGGGUU